GCCUUUGAAAGUUGUGUGGCUCCAGCCUUCAAUCAGUUUUAUUAGAAGGUUAUUUGUUAGCUCAAUUUUAAUAGGGUGAUGUGAAAAAUGUUGAUGUCGUAUCGACUGCUUCGUUGGAAUGAGCGAGUGAGUUGCAGUUGCUCUUGUGCUAUUGUUUGAAAUAUGGUUUGUGGAUUCUGCAUUUGUAUCUGAUUCUGUGAAUAGUGUGAUCAGUCAUCUGACCAUCCAUUGUGAAGGCAAGGGCCUGUCUGGAAUCCCGGAAGACGCGUCCCCUCAGAAAUCAGUUGUGUUUCUGAAGAAGUCGUGGCAAAUUCCUGCGUCCCAGACGGCUAAGCUCGAUCAAUUCAGCCAAGAACGACGCAUUUCUACUAACUUUUUUGUUCAACAAGCACAACCCGUAUCCUCCAGUCUUUGACCAACACGCACGUAGAUUUUGAUCGAAUUCCUUGCGAUUGCGAGUGGCGACGACGCCAUAUCACAAGCCCGGAACAAAAACCGCCUUGGUAUCAUCGCCUCCUAAUACUUGAUUCCCAUUUUGCCCCUGCCCACCAAGACCAUCGCCCCCGAACAUGAGGGGUAAAACCUCGCUCCCUUCGCUUCGAACCCAUCGCCACCGGGGCUUGCACUUGCACAUCGGCACACCACGAAAACCGCGCAAUCCGGCGCCCCGAUUCCGCCGGCCACGAUGCAGAGCUCGCUCGCGCGGCCGCUGCGUCCGCCGGUAUGGGCUGGUUGCGGCGGGAGCCGCGACUGCGGGGUCCCGCGCGGCUCGGUCUCCGUGGUGCGGUGCCGCGCCGAGGCGGCGCCGCUGACGGGCGCGGCGGCUAGGGCGCCGGUGGGGCCGUACACCGGGAGGGACCCUGAGGUGAAGAAGCCCGCGUGGUUGCGGCAGCGCGCGGCGCAGGGGGAGAAGUACGCGCGCCUGCGGGAGUCCAUCGGCGAGCUCAAGCUCAACACCGUCUGCGUCGAGGCCCAGUGCCCCAACAUCGGCGAGUGUUGGAACGGAGGCGGAGGGGCCGGCGGGGAAGGGGACGGCAUCGCGACGGCCACCAUCAUGGUGCUCGGCGACACAUGCACGCGCGGCUGCCGGUUCUGCGCUGUGAAGACCAGCAACAAGCCGCCGCCCCCGGAUCCCUUGGAGCCUCUGAACACGGCUCUGGCUGUUGCAAGCUGGGGAGUAGAUUAUGUUGUGCUAACCAGUGUCGAUAGAGAUGACUUACCUGAUGGUGGAAGUAGCCAUUUUGUUCAGACAGUGAAAGCUUUAAAGGAGCUCAAACCAGGGAUACUGGUGGAGUGCUUAACCUCAGAUUUCCGAGGUGACCUGGAGGCUGUCUCAUCUUUGGCAAACUCUGGUCUAGAUGUGUACGCACACAACAUUGAGACAGUGAGGAGUCUGCAGAGAAUUGUGAGGGAUCCUCGAGCAGGAUAUGAUCAGAGCUUGGCAGUUCUCAAGCAUGCAAAAAGUUGCAGGGAGGGCAUGAUUACAAAAUCUUCUAUCAUGCUUGGUCUUGGAGAGACUGAUGAGGAGGUGAGGCAAACCAUGAUGGACUUACGGGCCAUUGGUGUUGAUAUUCUUACUUUGGGGCAGUAUUUACAGCCAACAGAGAGACAUUUAACAGUAAGAGAGUACGUGACUCCCGAGAAGUUCCAGUUUUGGAAGGAGUACGGAGAAUCAGUGGGUUUCCGUUAUGUUGCCAGUGGACCCUUGGUUCGGUCUUCAUACCGUGCAGGAGAGCUUUUUGUCCAAAAUUUGGUCAGAAAUAGCAAAACUUUAUCUUCCUCAUCGUAACCAAAUAUCUUCUGCAGAAGCAAUCCAUGGGAUCCUCACAUACUGUAUGUUAAGAGAAGCAAAACAAGAGUAGGACCGUAAAAUCAUUCGUUUCUUCUGAAAAGCUGAGGCCCAGCUUUUGUUUUCUUUUCUUUCCGGAUGUUGCAUGGACAUUUUGCCCUCUGCUUUAGUUUCCCCUGUUGAAUAGAGAAAAACGAGGACACCAAAUCCUUUAUGUAUCAUUUCCUUUGACACCAUAUACGAAAAGCUGUUCAAAAAUAGCAGUCCAUAUGAAACUGUCUCCCUUGUUGUGGAUGGCACAAUGCUGUAUUCAUCAUUUGCUCAGAAAAGAAAA